AUAUUGUCGUUAAGAAUGAAAAAGGCUGGUGAAUACCCAAGCAAUAAUUAUGAGCGAGUUACUUCAAUUUUUUACCAAAGGACUGAUUAUCAUGUUCCUCAUUGUUCUUGGUUUGUUUUUACUAGGAAGAAUGCGGAAAAUUCUCGCCUCCUUAUUCGUCCUCUGAAUCACCUUAGCGAUUUUGGCCUUUUUAGUGCUUCCGCUAAUCGCAAUAAUUUGAGGAAUUAUUUAUUUAGUGAGAAAAUAGCGACCAAAGAGAGAAUAAAAGAUAGCCGUUUUGUAGAGACUAAUAAGGGUAUUCAUCGCUAUUUUUUAAUUAAAGAACUUCCAAAAUCUUGCUGGUUAGUGAAUAAAGAUGGAGAACCUAUUGGAGAAUUACACAGCAAAGGCAGAUUUGUAGUCGGUAUUGGGAGUAUUCAUGAAAAAGGAAUUCGCUAUACUCUGAAAGGAAGACAAAUUAAGAAGGAGAUGAAUUUACCGAAUAAUAUAGAAUUGGCACCGCAUACUCUCCGGAGAUGUUUUGCUACUUAUCAAGCGAUAAAUGGCAUGCCUUUGCCGGUGUUGCAGAAAGUGUUAGGGCAUGUUAGUUUGGCUUCUACUUCCCAUUAUGUAAGGGCUGGAACUUUGGAGAAUUUGGAGGAAGGAACCAAAAAUAAUAAAUAUAUGUCUAAAUCAACUAUAACAAGUAAAUCCCAAUUAACUGAAAGAAUAUCCAAAAAAACUAAAUAUCCGCAAAAUCAAGUAGCCAAAAUAAUUGAUGAACUUUUACAAGAGACCAAAAAAUCUCUCUUAAAAGGUGAAGAAAUCAGACUACAAG